ACAGCCCUCCCAGCAGACUCGCCCCGCGCUGGCCAGCACCCCGCUUCUCGCGCCCGCCCGCCCGGCCUUCCAGGAAGCGCCGCCGCCGCCGCGAUGCAUUGUGGGGCAGCGGCAGCAGAUCCAAGAUGGCGGCCAGCAGGAGGCUGAUGAAGGAGCUUGAAGAAAUCCGCAAAUGUGGAAUGAAGAACUUCCGUAAUAUCCAAGUUGAUGAAGCUAACUUAUUGACUUGGCAAGGGCUUAUCGUUCCCAAAAUGUGGGCUCAAUGGCGGCCGUACGUUGAGGACUACCAACUUGUAAUUCUUGGUUUCAAAAGUGACUUCCUUGAUGGCCCCCGAGAGUCGCUUUUCCAAAUGGACAAUCCUCCAUACGACAAGGGUGCGUUCAGAAUUGAAAUCAACUUCCCUGCAGAGUACCCAUUCAAACCUCCCAAGAUCACCUUUAAAACAAAGAUCUACCAUCCUAACAUUGAUGAAAAGGGACAGGUUUGUCUGCCAGUAAUCAGUGCUGAAAACUGGAAACCGGCCACUAAAACUGAUCAAGUAAUCCAGUCCCUCAUAGCACUGGUGAACGACCCCCAACCCGAACACCCCCUUCGAGCUGACUUAGCCGAAGAGUAUUCUAAGGACCGUAAAAAAUUCUGUAAGAAUGCUGAAGAGUUUACAAAGAAAUAUGGUGAAAAACGACCAGUGGACUAAAAAAAACAAAAAACAAAAACAACACAACAAAAAAACAAAACAACAACAACAAAAAACCAACACCUGACCGAGUUGAUGUCAGCAAUGUGUGAUAGAAGAGCUGAAGAAUGCAUUUCAGACACACCCACAAAAGCAGGACUCUCUAUGGAAAUUGACAAGUGUCACCUCUCGGUGUUAACUUGUGGCUGUUAACUAACUUUCUACCGUUUCUUAAUCAAACGUGGUCUAGGUAAUCUGUAAAGAAAGGAUUAAAAAUUUAAGAUGUUCUAGUUCUGCUUUCUUUGUUUAAAAUCACUGCUUUAAUGUACUUUAAAGAAUGCUGUUUCUUUUUUUUUUCUUUUUCUUUCUCCUCGUCACAAUUUAUCAGAAAAAAAAAACCAAAAAAAGUCUUAUAACUUGCCCUUAAAAUUCAGAAGGUCGUGGCUGUUAUUUCUUAAUUUUCCUUUGCAAUUCUCAUUUUUUUCUCCCCCAUUUUUGGGGUUGCCCCUUAUCAUUCCCUCCUCCCUCCCUCUCCCCCCCCCCAAGACAAAAGAAAGCAAAACCACACCUGCUUAAUUUCUUAGCCCAAAAGGAAAAAAAAAACAGAAAGACAUUUGGGGGGGAAAAAUGAGCUGUUUGUUUUCCCUUUUCCGUGUCUUAAAAGUUGCACUGUGUUCCGUGGACAUGGGUCCAAGUUUCUCUCAACUUCAGUUUUGUCACGUAACAAAUCUGCCACACGUACACCAGAACCGAACCCUGAUCUUUUUGUAAAUCUGGCUGAAGUUGUUACAAUAAUGUUUUAUUAAAUGGGGAACUCCAAGAUUUGUGUGCAUGAAUGAAUUGUACCACAUUUGCUUAUGUUCUGUUUAGGAGGAGGAAAUUUUUGGCACCAAAUACUCUUUAUAGCAAAGGAAUAGUGGAGUGUAAUUUUCUCUCUCUCUCCCCCCCCCUUUUUUUUUUUAAAAAAAUACUCUUUGCUUUUAUUCUUUAGUAUCUAUGCAGACUACCUAGAAUAAAGAAGGACUCCAGUCCAUUUGCAAGAAUUUCAAGUAUGGGACCAAGAAGUACCAAAGCAGAAUUAAUCUACCAACCAGUCAAACCCACCUCCCUGUCCUGUACGCUUCCAAGCUGAGAAACGUAACUGGAGAAAUCCUUGAAAACUUAGUUCUGAAAAGCGAAAAAAACCUAGUCACAAAAUCUCUUCGACUUAACCUCUCCCUGUGCAAAUGACAAAGCUUAUUUUCUCUUAAUAAUAGAUUGGUUUGCUCGAUACUUCGUCCAAAACGUAAACAAUUUCCAUUAAGCAAUAACCCACCCAUCGUGAAAUUGAGCAGUGGCCUUUCUCCGUAAAAAAAUGACCUGUCCACCCCAAAAAAAAAAAAUGACCUGUCCACAGAAUUAAUAUUGAUGCAGGAGAGCGUUGAUUCAACCCAGCUACCCCCUGCUCCAAGUUAAGGGGGUAAAGUUCUUUUCCUCGGAGAUCUGAACUACCCUGUUUAAUGUAGUGUUGCGUUUUAGGGUGGGCAAAAUGCAACUUGGUUACAUGACACAAUGACUCCCCCCCCCCCCAGCUGCUCAGUUUUUAAAAUGCCUGGCUUUAAGUGAGCAUUUCAGCCCGUUUCUGUGAAAAAAAAACCCCGCAGUGAAGAAAAACAAAAAAAGUAGGCAUCAUUCUGUUUUGCAUGUCUUCGUUUUCAUAGCUCGCUCAGCUUUUAAUUUUUCAGGAAUCUGGAAUCCUUGUUCGGUCUUUGCCAUCUUUAGGGACGAAUGUAUGUUUGGAGAGCAGUAGAAAUAGCAUUUCAGGGUUUUAAUUAUUUUUGCGUACCCCCUUCCAUCUUCUCCACUCCAGCUUUUGAUUUUAAACUGUACAAGAUUGACAGCCAAGUACCUCUGUUCAAAAAGUAGAAGAAAAAAAAAGGCAGUUUUUUUUCCCUUUAUCAGUUGGGGUAUGAAACAUCUGUUUUAAGUGUUCUUAGACACAUUCUUUGGUAGGCGAUUAAAAGUUUAAAAAAAAAAAA